UGCGAUUGGGGCGCCCGGCAACUUCAAUACCCAGCUGGGAGUAUUCGAUGUCGGACUUUUGCCAAUCCCGCAACGAAUGGAAAUACUCCUCGCUGGCCAAGGCAUCUACGUGCUCCAGGUCUCGACACUACUGGUCAAAUCAGCUAGACAAUCUUGCUUGGGUACAUGCGUAUGCAGAUUGGCUCAAGUACCUAGCCGACCAUGCGUAUGCAGAUUGGCUCAAGUACCUAGCCGACCAUGCGUCUCACGACCGCUGUCGUCGCCCUCGUGACAGCCACGGCCAAUGCCUGCCUAGCCAGCCAACGUGACGAGACUGCCGAAGUCCCAGCUGUGCGCACAUACUUUUAUGCAGGCGGCCAGUAUGCCGAUGAUGGCGCGGGCGGUGAGAUCUUCCGCGACCAGAUGUAUGUCGAGAAGCUCGUCCCGGCUGUCCAUGGCAUCCCCAUGAAACAGACGCCCAUUGUACUUAUCCAUGGCAAGGCACAAACAGGCACCAACUUCCUAAACAAGCCAGACGGUGGUCGCGGUUGGGCAUCCCAGUUCCUCAGUCAGGGGUAUCAAGUCUACAUAGUCGAUCAGACCCUUAGAGGCCGUUCAGCAUGGCUGCCGGGUCAUAACGCCACGCAACCUUCCACGUAUGCAGCCGAGAUUAUGGAGCAGCGCUUCACGGCCACCUGGAAUGCCACUCUCUGGCCCCAGGCCCAGAAUCACACACAGUGGCCUGGCAGUGGGAAGCGCGGUGAUCCCGUCUUCGACGCCUUCUACAGCUCCAACGUGCAGUUCAUCAACAAUGCCACCUACCAGCAGGAGACCAUGCAGGCUGCUGGCGCCGCUUUCCUCGACACGAUCGGGGGGCCUGUCAUUCUCAUCGGCCACAGCCAGGGUGGGAUCCUGCCUCUCCUCCUGGCCGAUGCCCGACCUGAGCUCACACAGGCUCUGGUCCUGCUUGAACCUAACGGGCCUCCCUUUCGAGAUGCUGUCUUCAGCACAAAGCCCGCGCGGGCCUGGGGCUUGACCGAUGUCCCUCUCACCUAUAGCCCACCAGUCACUGACCCUUCGACCGAUCUCGUCCAGGAGAUCCAACCCGCGCGGGACGCAAAUCACGUCGAGUGCGUGCUGCAGGCUCAGGAGCCCGCACCUCGUCGGCUGACGAAUCUAGAGUACAAGCCCAUUCUGCUUGUCACGGGCGAGGCGUCCUACCACGCCCCAUACGACUAUUGCGUCGCGAGAUAUCUUCGACAGGCGGGCUGCUCGCAGACGCAGCAUCUCGAGCUUGGGCAGGUUGGGAUCCACGGCAAUGGUCACAUGAUGUUCAUGGAGAAGAACAGUGACCAGAUCCAAGCUGUCAUUGAAGAAUGGGUGCGAUCAACGUGAUAGCUCGUUGAUCAAGACGGCUGGACCUCGCAGGAGCGAGCACUCACCUUAAACAGCACUUACAACCUUCAGAUAGUAGAAGCAUAGCAAUUCAUUUCCUGUUCGGCUUAUAAUCGCUUGUGAAAGACUAUUCUGAUCCGCUCCUCUUCGCUCUUAAACAGG